UUUCCUCGUGGGCUCAUCUGGCUGCGAGUGCGCAUGCGUAUAUCUCUCCAGUGACGCCAGAGUCAGCAUCUUGCGUGUUUCCCGAACAGCAUCUGAACAAAGGCCUGCCCCCUUUUUUCAUGAGGAUUUCUCUACCGCCAUCGUUACUUUACGUGUAAUCACGAUUACUAAAUCGGAUUACGAUACUUUCCUUAUAGUCCGACGCGUCGCUGACAGCAGGGAGAGCGUCCGCGAUGGAUGUGGAUCAGCAGGAGACCAGCGGCGAGACCAAGUCGGCCAUGCACACUUGGCGUUAUCGCCACCAUUUCACGUACAAGGCAGAUCAAGGAAAGAAUAUCAUCGUGCAGUGUAAUCUGUGUCUGCCGAGGGUCAAUCUGCUGUCCACGUCGAAAACCUCCACAUCCAACCUCAAGAAGCAUUUAGACGUGAGUUACAGGAAGUCGUGUCGCUGUGCAGAUCAGAGAACACACCUGGGCUGUGAAGCCAGUCCUGACGCCAAGAGGGGGAGGAAGAAAGAGGAACGCAACGGAGAGGAGAGCAGGCACUGUCAGCUCAAAAAGCUCAAAGCAGAGAUCAUCUCCAAGUGCACCACUCAGGCAAAGGUCGACGACCUCAUCUUUAACUUCAUCGUGGAAGACUGUCAGUCGUUUUAUGUGCUGGAGCAGCCUGGCUUCAUUAAGCUAAUCGCAGGCUUGACUGAAGGGCUGAAGUCCAUGGACAGGGUGACCUUGUUUACUAAAGUGGACCAGGGCUUCUCCAGGAUGCGGGAGGAGCUCAUGGCCAAACUCAGCAGCAUCCAGUACGUGUGCACCACGGCUGACAUCUGGACAGCCAACAACAGGAGCUUCUUUGGGAUGACCUGUCACUGGAUCGAUAACUUUUCUCUGGAGAGGAAGUCUGCCGCUCUGGGGUUUGCACGGCUACAGGGCAAGAUCACGUACGACACCAUUGCUGGGCGCAUACAUGACAUCCACGUGGCCUUCAACAUUGAAAGCAAAGUUCAGACCACGGUCACUGACAACGGCAGCCCCUUCAUGAGCGUCUUCAAAGAGUUUGCAGUGGACGGCCAGGAAAGCGACGAUGACAUUGGGUUCUAUGAGAAUGUGAGCACUGUGCUGGAGGGUGAGCCUGAGCAGGACAUGCUCCUGUUCCUGCCCACUGUGCAGCGCUGUGCGUCACACACCCUGGAGCAGAUUGUUGCUGAGGACUUUUGGCAGGCUGUGUCUCAGGGACCCAUGUGCCAGCUACAUUACAGCACAAUGGCCAAGGUGUUUGCCAUAUUUAGCAAAUGUCACCACCUCCAGGUGGGUAUGGAUGCAGCGGAGGAGAUAGGAAAGAUGGCGCUUGUUGUCCCUUCUGUAAUACGUUGGAAUGUGGAGUUCUGUGCCGUGCAGAAGAUCGUCUCUCUCACUGAGCGGGAGCUGACAGAGCUGUGUGCCCGCCUGGAGGUGCCACGCAUGCAGCCAGAGGAGAUGGCCUUCCUCAAAGAAUACGUGACUGUUUUCCACCCGCUCGCUUUUGCACUUGAACUUUUCCAGGCCGAGCAGAAAUGUUACUUGGGUCUGGUCAUCCCGACCGUGCUCAGUCUGAAGAACAAGCUGAACGAGCAGAAAGACACUGCAACUUACUUCGGCGACGUCAUCAACGCCAUUGCGAUGGCUAUUGAUGUGCGGUUCCUGGAGCUGUUUGCCAGCACGGAAGCAAAGAUCGCAACAGCAACGACGCCGCAGUUUCGCUUGUGGUGGAUGGCUGCAUCCGAGAGGGAGGAGAUGUGCUCCGUGUUGGCCACAGAGGCGUCGCAGAUGGAUCCCUGCAACGUGACAGAGGCGAACACCAGCCGGAAUCUGUCCACCAUCGAGUCGGAGGACGACUUCUUCAGCUACGGCUCCGUGAAGCCUGCCGCACAGAUCCAGCAGCGGGGGGUGACGGAAGAAAUCCGAAAGUACAUUGAAGGAACAGGAAAGAGCCUCGAGUGCCUGCAGGACUUCCCCCGAGUGAAGCAGCUUUUCCUCAAAUACAACACCACCCUGCCGUCCACGGCGCCCGUCCAGCGUCUCUUCAGUCAGAAAGGCAACCUGGUCACGUCACAGAGAAACUUUCUGACCGACGACUACUUUGAGCGCAUUCAGCUUUUGAGAUACAACAGCAACGUGUGCUCUUUGACCACAGAGUGAAUUAAUGCCAGAAACUCUGUCUCUCUCAGCCUUUUCAUUGACACAGAAUCAAACCACAUUGUGCUUAAAUCAUCACAGGAAACCACUGAGCUAUCGUCUCAUCACAGGUGACUUAGGCCAGACGUGUUUUCUAAUGGUACCCUGACCUGUUUUGAUAGGCAUAGCUUAUUUCUCUCACUCCACAAUGGCCUAAAUUAAGUACCUGAAUUGACAAUCAUUGACAGUGACAUUCAAGGACCGAAUAUACUGACAAUAUCUUUUUAAGUGUGCUGUCGUUUUGGUUUGAAGUAGCCACAGGGUUAAAAUUAAGUGAUUUUCUGUCUUUCAGUUUGGUUUGUUUUUUCUACAGCUAUUCAAUGAGAAUGCAUCUCCUGUCUGUAUGUUUUAUAUCAUAUAUAAAGAUAUGUGACAUUUUAUUCUCAACUUUUUCCCCCUCACCAGUUGAAAAUCAUAAGUAAUCAUGUAACUGAUGGAUCGGCUGUCAAGACGCACCGAUCAGAGAAAACCGUGUUUGUGGUGAAGAAGGCAGAAAGCAGGCAAAUGCAAAGAUUCCAGAGCUGCACAGUCCCGAGUGUAUUCUUUGCCAUGUGCCCUGACGUCAGUUAAGAGCUUUGGUGUUGUCUGACAGCUGCAUGGAGACCAACAGGGGGCUGUCAAAACACACACACACACACACACAGCACAGACGGGAACUGUCGAAAACAUGACACUUGUGAAGAUGCAAAACCAAACCAACUCCCCCGGGGAGCAUGAAAGACCAGGGGAGUUGGUUUUUAUCUAGUUUUCAACAUUAUUGCCCAUAUGACCAUAUAUACAUAUACACACAUAUAUGUAUUAAUAUGUAUGUGGUGUUCUUUGACUUUGCUCGCAGCACUCACAAAGGAUUAUUCUUUAAACAAACCUGAAAUUGAG